AUGAAGAUCAUAGUUGCUGCGGAAGAGCUGCCUAUAUGCGCAUCAAGAAUGGAGCCCUCCGAGGCAAUAAAAAACUGGAUUUCCACUCCUCUGAAGAAGAUCCCCCAUCCUGACAAGGCAAGUAAGAUCCAGAUUGAGUUUGGAGACAGGAGCAAGGAGAGUCUGCAUCUCUUUGCAAAGCCUCACUUCAUGGUGCCUGACAUGUUGGACGACGAUGAGAUGUUCUUUGUGGGGGCUCCCGGAUUUUAUUCUCCUGAGGAGUUCAGUGACGAAGAUUGCAGGAGGAUUGAAGAGUCGAUGAAGGCCUAUAGAUGCUAUCCCAUAUUCCAAAAGAGGGUGAAAUACUCAAAGAUGAUUGAAGAGAUUCUCGGGAAAAAUACUUAUGAGUUUGUGCAAAGCAACUUCGACCAUGCCAACAUGUUUGCGAGGUACAAGGAGUACAACACGAGAUGGCACGAGAAGAUCAUGGAGAUCUACGAGGAGGGCGAUGUUGUGUGGGUGAUGGACCAUUCGCUGUUUCUUCUUCCAGGGAUGCUGGGCAACAGCAUUCCUGUUGGGAUGUCUGCUUCUGUCCCGUUCUCGUCCCUGCUCAAGUGCAUUCCGUUUUGGGAACAGAUCUUCUCAUCGAUUCUCUGCUGUAGGUACAUCGAGUUUAAUGAAAGCUCGUCAAAGGAGUCCUUUGACCUGUUGGUUUCCCAGAAGACAGGAUUCUGUAUGGGCGAUCCGGGGUACAAAGACAUAAGGGAGCCAUUGACCUGCGUAGGAAAGAAAGGAAUCGACAAGGAUGUUCUUCUUAAGAUGUCGUCUGAGGUGCAUGAAUUCGAGGGUCUUGGAAAAGGAAAGGUUAUCCUUCUUCCAUCCGACUCUCAGACGCACCUUCUUGGUGUCGAAGCCUAUCUGUCCAGAUACGGCAAGGAGAUCACGGUUUUGUUUCUGAGAACCCGGGUCUUGAAUGGAGAUUCUGACAAGCAAGCCGAGGUUAUGAGGCUCCGAGAAUAUCUUGAGAUAAACUACAAGGUUCUAUCAAGGGAAUUUACACCUGCAAGUGAUCCUGAGUUUAUCUCUAUGCUGAAGCGAUGCGAUCUGUGUCACUGCCCGGAGGUUGCAGAUGUUUGCUCUCUUUUCGGAAUUCCAGUUGUCCGGAACAAUCCGUACGACUUCUUCGACAUAGCAGAUGAGAUAAACGAGAAUCUUAUGCAGAGAGGAGAAGGCUCCAAGGAAGGCUCCAGCGAGGUGAUUGGAAAGAUGGAGUGGAAGAAGAGGUUUAUGACGAGUCUCCUGAGCAUUAGCGGAAUGGAGUAUGAUGUUGACCUUGAGCCUAAGGAGCCUAGGAUAAGAUCGUCCCUAUCCAUGGACCAGACAGGCCACAAGAAGGUCGAUGCAAAGAAGAAGCCGGGAAUAAGGAAAAAGAACAGAGAAAAAGAAGAGGCAGUAGAGAUCAUCCUGAAUAAUAAGGAGGAUGCAAAUGCUGCAAGAAUAGUCAAUGACUUCAAGAAGAGCAAAGCGAGGACAUUGGUUAUGGACUACGAUGGAACACUGACCAAUAUUGUUGCGCGCCCUCCGAUGGCAGCACCGACACAGGAGAUAAAGGACCUGCUCAUACGCUUGGGCAAGAUCUGCAGGGUUGUAAUAUCUACAGGAAGAAGCGUUGAAGAUUGCGACAAGUUCUUUCCAAAGGAGAUUGAGGUUUUUGCAGAGCACGGUGCAUGCCACAGGAUCGAUGGGAAAUGGAAAGAGGGGGGUACGUUUCCGCAGAAGGAUCUUGCAUGGAGAAUAGGCCAGUUCUUCCUUGCAAGAACACCAGGCUCCGAGCUGGAGAGGAAGAAAACAGGAUAUGCAUUCCACUUCAGAAAUGUGUCUCCCUUGAUAGGAGUGAAGCAGGCAAGGGCUCUUUUUGAGCUUCUAAUGCGGGUCUGCAAAGAUUAUGUGAAGAAGGGAAACCAUGUUAUUGAGGUCAGGAGCAGCAAAAAGUCCUGUGCUAUGGAGAAGAUCGAGGAAGGGUUUGUCCUGUGUGCCGGAGACGAUGUUGCAGACGAGGAUAUGUUCGAUGUGUGCAAGGGAUAUACUAUUAAGGUGGGCGACCAAAGCACGUCUGCAGCAUACAGGGUCAAGGAUCCAGAGAACUUCAGAAUGCUGCUUGGAAGGCUCCUGGAAUAA